AUGAUUACAGUUGGAGGAAAUCUCUUUGUCGUUGUAUCCAUCUCACAUUUUAAACAGCUUCAUUCCCCAAACAAUCUACUGGUGCUUUCACUGGCAACUGCAGACCUUAUGCUUGGGGUUUGUGUGCUUCCUUUCAGUAUUGUGAGGUCUGUGGAAACCUGCUGGUAUCUGGGACGUGUGUUCUGUAAGAUACAUACAAUUGUGGAUGUAAUGCUUUGUACAGUUUCUAUUUUUCAUUUAGGAUUUAUUGCUGUUGAUCGUUAUUAUGCAGUGUGUGAUCCUCUCUGCUAUACAAGCAAGAUUACAAUUCGGGUGGCUACUAUCUUUGUACUUGUUGGAUGGGUGAUACCAUUUAUGUAUAGUUUUGGUUUAAUUUAUAAUGAUUCUUAUAGCAAGGGUUAUGAAGAUAUAGCAGCAGUGUUUUCUUGCAAUGGAGAAAAAUGUAUACUUCUUUAUAAUGAACUCUGGUCAUUAAUUAAUGCAUUAACAUUUAUGAUACCUUGUUUUUCAAUGAUAGGCAUAUAUGGACAGAUAUUCAGAGUGGCCAGUAGACAAGUCAGAAUGAUACAGAGCAUGGAGAAUAAAAUUCAAAAUAACAACAAAAGCACACAAAGCAGAGAACAUAAAGCGGCAAAAACAUUGGGCAUUGUAAUGGGAGCGUUUGUCUUUUGUUGGUUACCUUACUUUUCUGUAUGUUUGAUUGAUGUUUAUGUCAGUUUCACAACAGCUCAGCCUGUAAUGGAAUUUGUUGUCUGGCUUGGAUACACAAAUUCUGCCUUCAACCCACUUAUAUAUGCAUUUUUCUAUCCAUGGUUUAGAAAGGCAUUAAAACUUCUCUUAACAUGCCAAAUUUUUAAAUCUAACUCUUCUACUAUAAAACUAUAUACAGAUUAA